CCCUUCCCCCCCUUCUGACAUGCCAACCUAGCAGUCGGCGGCGUAGCAGCUGCGCAAAAGGUUCCAGUUUCUUUCCCCUCUUUUCUUUUGUGUUCAUUCUGAAGCCCCAGGAUGGAGUUUGAACUCAUGGAGAAUGAUAUUCUAGAGUCGCUCGAGGACCUAGGUUACAAAGGCCCAUUGUUAGAAGAUGGAGCUCUAACCCAGGCAGCUUCUGGUGGAGCCAGUUCUCCUGAGUAUACAAAACUCUGCGCUUGGCUAGUAACAGAGUUACGGUUAUUUUGUAAACUAGAGGAAAAUGUACAAGCAACUAACAGUCCAAGCGAAGCUGAUGAGUUCCAGCUUGAAAUGAGUGGAUUACUGGGUGAAAUGAACUGCCCGUAUACAAUGCUAACUUCAGGAGACGUCACCAAGCGCCUUCUCAAUCAGAAAAACUGCCUUCUGCUGCUCACAUACCUCAUCUCAGAAUUGGAAGCUGCCAGAAUGCUGUGUGUAAAUGCUCCUCCGAAAAAGGCCCAGGAAGGCAGCGGCAGUGAAGUCUUUCAGGAGCUAAAAGGCAUAUGUAUUGCUUUAGGCAUGUCCAAGCCUCCAGCCAACAUAACCAUGUUCCAAUUCUUCAGUGGAAUAGAAAAAAAGUUAAAAGAAACACUAGCAAAGGUUCCUCCAAAUCACGUAGGAAAACCUCUAUUGUCAAAACCACUGGGUCCUGUUCAUUGGGAAAAAAUUGAAGCUAUUAAUCAAGCCAUAGCCAACGAAUAUGAAGUUCGGAGGAAAUUAUUAGUGAAGCGUCUGGAUGUAACUGUCCAGUCAUUUGGCUGGUCAGAUCGAGCAAAGAGCCAAACGGAGAAAUUGGCUAAAGUCUAUCAGCCCAAGCGUGCCACGUUAUCUACCAAAGGCGCUAUAUCCGUUGCUCACCUCUUGGCUGCUCGGCAAGACUUGUCAAAGAUUAUGAGGACCAGCAGUGGGUCUAUCCGAGAAAAGACCGCGUGUGCCAUUAAUAAGGUGUUAAUGGGCCGAGUGCCUGACAGAGGUGGUAGACCCAAUGAGAUUGAGCCACCACCUCCUGAGAUGCCACCAUGGCAAAAAAGGCAAGACGGUCCUCAGCAACAAAGUGGUGGAGGCAGAGGUGGAAGAGGUGGCUAUGAAUCAUCAUAUGGAGGUCGUGGAGGUUAUGAACAAGGAGGACAUGACAGAGGAGGCCGAGGAGGAUAUGACCAAGGAGGUUAUGAUAGAGGAAGCCGAGGAGGGUAUGACUCAUCAUAUGGAAGUCGAGGAGGUCAUGAACAUGGGGGUCAUGAACGAGGAGGGCGAGGACGUGGUGGUUAUGAACAUGGAGGCAGAGGGGGAGGAAGAGGAGGCAAACCUCAAGGAGGCUGGACCGAUGGAGGAAGUGGCUAUCAAGAUGGCAACUAUAGAGAUAGUAAUUACAGAGACACGGGCUUUCAAACUGGUGGGUACCAUGGCGGUGGCGGUGGCGGUUACCAAGGAGGUGGCUAUGGUGGUUACCAAUCUUCAUAUUCAGGAAGUGGAUAUCAAGGUGGCGGUGGCAACUACCAACAAGACAACAGAUAUCAAGAUGGGCACUCCAGCGAUCGAGGUGGAGGACGUGGAGGGCGAGGCGGACGUGGAGGUCGUGGUGGCCGAGGUGGGCAAGGAGGUGGCUGGGGAGGAAGAGGUGCACAGAACUUUAAUCAAGGGGGGCAAUUUGAGCAGCACUUCCAGCAUGGGGGUUAUCAAUACAAUCAAUCUGGAUUUGGACAAGGAAGACACUUCACAAGCUGAGGCUACAUAAGCUUCCUUUUUGGCAGAGCUCAUGUAAUAGAAGUCUGUUUACGAUUUUCUUUUGGAAUUAGAACGAUGCCACGUAUGUCAGGUUGUUUUUGGAAAAUUAUCUUUGCUUUUGAGCAUUUGUGAAGGUACAGAUAAAUCCGAUGCUGCCUAAAAUCUGAUUGCAGCUCUUCUUCUCCAGGACUCUCAGAAUUUUCAAACUGUGGUUCUAUGUGCUAAAGGAAUCUUGAGGCUUGGAGUACAUGUCUGUUCAUAUGAAACCCAGUAUGUCUGUCAUUUUCACAUGGGCUUGUUUUUUUCUUUUAAAAUCUUCCGCUGUUCAAGCCAUUUUGAUUCUUGCUUUUCACUCUAACUUUCUCUAGGCAACAAGCUCACUGCAAAACCUAUAUUGUAAAGCUGCGGAUAAGUGUGUAGUUAAUUGUGCGUAAGUCCCAUUGAAGUCAGUUGGAGUUAUGCAUUUGUAACUGUGCACAGAAUUGCAGCCACCAGGCCUGUGUCUAUUAUAUGAGCUCUACUGCUGACAACUUGUUCAGUAGCCUUAUCUCUCACUGAUCGAAAACACUAUCCCCUGAACACACCGGAGACCCUAACCACUGUCAUGUCAUGCAAAGGUCAUAUAUCAAACCAAGCUAAGUUGUGAACAGAUAACAUGUGUAGCCCUGUGCUUCAGCAUAAUUCAAACUCACUUUUCAUUCAUCAGAAAAUAGUUGAUUCCCCUGACCGGCCUAAUUUUUACUUGAAAUUAGCUAGCAGUAAUGGCAAUCUGAAACUUGUUUUAUGCACGAGUUAAUACCACUGAUCAGCAAAUGCAGGAUGAUUUCAUUUUGGCAUUUAACUUAAGACAAAAUGCCUUUGAGCUGGGUUCGUUACACUUUUCGUUACUAAAAGUUGCAUCAGUGCGCCUUGCCUGGGUUUGUUGUGAGUGUGUGUGUGUGCGUGCGCGUGCGUGUGUACAGAAACAUUGUCAAGCUGUGAAAGAAAAUGGCCGAAGGUGUGCUAUUGUAUAAAAGGUGAGCAAUAAAAGUAUCUGUUCUCCUA